GGCGGCCUGAGGCGCUACCGCGGCGUGUGGGCGGGGCGGUGGCGGCCUGCUGCCUGUGGGAGCUGGAGUUUGUCGGUAGAGCUUCAGACACAGCAGCGGUGUCCAAGUUCUGGAUGCGGUUCUUCCACUCUUGUUUGUGCUGUUGUCUUCUGGGAAGGAGUCUCCGAAGUCGGCCAAAAGCACCACAAAGCCCGGCGGCGGCAGCGGGAAGGAUGGCGGGGCUGAGAAUUCGGAAGAGUUUGGCGAACAAGCUGUGUCACUUCUACGUCCGUAGAUGCCUGUGUGCUCAAGUCUUGUUUGGAAUGUUUUGCACUUAUGAUUUGGAGGACUGGGUAUGGGAGAUGUAAGGCUAAUGAAGACGUGGAAGACUUCUGUGGUUCAGUGGGAACGUCACGGUCCAAAUAAGGUUACUUUAGGGUCUCCUUCAAAGCAUGAACCUGUGUUGCACAGCCUCGAAAAAUAUCCCUACUACAGCCAAUCCAAUUUAAGGUUCAAGCCAUGCUCACGCCUAACCUGCCUUGUAGCCAGCAGAGAACCAGCUGAGUUUGUUUGCCUUGGAGCUGGUGGCGGUUUUGUAGAUCCUCUUUUACAUCCCAUCCCUGUCUUGGCCUCUGCCUGUUUUAUGUUGUGUAUACAGCUACAAACAGCUUGCUUGAGGGCUGUCUGCUGAUUUAACAAGUGAGGGAACGCCUAGUUUGGCAUCGUGGGGUCAGGCUUACCUUUUAUUUAUUCGGUACUUUUUGUCUGUUGAGUUCCCACCUCUAGGAAGAAGAAGGAAGCCUAAGUCUUGCAAUGUAAAGGUGAUGGAGAGCCACCAAAGCAGAGCACUGUGAUGUCCCCAUCCAAACCAGUGGCUGUGUUUCCUGGUAACGAGUGCUGCAGCCAGAGAGGGAGAGUUAGUUACAAGUUUCCUUCCAUUACCUGAAAUGGCACAUAAUGUAUGGUUGUUCCUGACUACAGGAGAAACUUAGAAGUGAUGUGUCUAACCUUUCCCUCCCACGAAACAUACCCAGCCACUUCCUCAUACCCCAAACAAAAUCCAGCCCUUCUUUAAGAUGGAAGGUUGGGUCUCCUUUGAUCACAGGAACAGAGAGCAGAAAGGAGACACCUUUCCAGUGUGCUGCUGCCACAGGUCUCAUCUCCAUUUCCCUGUUGAGUUUGCGGUGGAGUUUGUUCUCUCUUGGUGCUUUCCUGUCUCGGCACUGCUCUGCUGCAGAAUGGAAGAGAGCUCUUUGCUCGAUAAGAAGAAAUGUAUACCAGUUUGAAUGCAAUUUUCCUGCUCUUCAGGAAGCACAGAAAGGUAUUUCUACUUUAACACUGGGGGUGAGGAAUUUGGUCCGUGUGCUAGGAGCUAGUCUCCUUUCUCAUGUUGGAAGCAGGAGGGGCUUUUGUCCUCGUGAAACACCUGGAGCAGUAUCGUGUGGUAGGAGUUGAUGGCUCUGCUGCUGUUGUGGGAGUCUCGUGACUUCUAAAUUCUUCCAUGGCGUUAUGGUUGGUUGGUUGCCUUUCCAAAGGUGCGCUGAACAGAAUUGUCAUCUUUGUGUCUCAAUAGUUCAAAUAUUUGAUGGACUUGCAUCAGGAGAACAGUAUUUGGGCAGUUCUCUUCUAGAAUGCUUUUUCUUCCUUCACGCCAUUCUACAGGGAGCAGAGGAGGUCUCACAGUCCUCAUUUAUCCUGGUACCAGAAAGUUGUGAUUUGUUCUGCAGGCAAGUUGUCCAGCUGGUGGAAUGAGUAAAGCUCUUUAAAAAGCAGCUCUCGUUUGACAGACCUGAGCAAGUGUGGCAGACUGGGACCUCCUGUGAGGAUCUUUGUGGAGGGAGAUGAAGAGGGUAGGAAACCUGUAGUGUUUUAUUCUUUGCAGCAAAGGAGUUUUUAGUGAAGGUGAGGUGGAGGGGCAGGUGCAUUCAAAAGCAGGUAGAUCCCUACCAGAGGUGGUUUUUGAACUACCCAGAGGGGGGUGGUGCAGUGCUCUGUUAGAUACCAAUUUUGGUGAAGGUGUCUGAGGCGAUGAGGCAGCAUAGCUUGGCCAGCCCCUGGCUUUGGAGGAGCGUGGUUUGCUCCAGAAGAGAUUGGAGCAGUGGAAGAAAAUGUGAGAGCAGAGAGUGGGAAAUAAAAGAUUUUUUUUAGAUCAUUCCCUGUGGAAUAUGACGAAGGUAUGAACGGAGAGGAUUUCUGUGUAGCUAUUUAAGGAGAAAAAAGAAAUAGGAGAGCACAAGUAGAGUGGAUGAGAGGAUGAGAAAGAGUUACUCCUGGCCAGAAAGCCUGGGAGAGGCAGCUGGGUGGUGAAGAGAGUUAAUGACCUGGAAGUGAGAGCAGGGAUUAGCAGCAGCAUUAAAGAGGAGUCGCUCUGCAGUCUCAAGGGCAGCUUGGAGCCUUACUGAUGAGAUGCACAGCACUGGGAGAGGGUGCUCCUUUUCAGCGAGCUGCUGUAUUACGUGUUUUGCAGAUAUCUCCAUGGGGCUUGUUACUGCGGUACCUGGAGUUCAUUAUUCAGACAUAAGCGUUACAGCGUGUUGGUGUUACUUCUGAGACAGAGAGGUUGAUUUUUAAUAGGGGAAGCCGUGUAACAACAGACAAAGAGCAGGUACUGACUUGAGGGAUGGGAAGGGAAGAGUCAUCUGAGGAGGAGGAGCUGAGAGCAGAUCUGGGCUGAAAGCUUAGCAAGCGGAGGAUGCUCAAGGGACCAGUGAGGCAGAAGGGCUUUCCGAGUGGCGAUACACCCAGCUGCAGUGGGAGUGCCUGCAGAGGUGAGGUCAUGGAUGGGAAGGAGAACAGAGGAGAAGCUGACGCUGCGCUCAGAGUGGCUGGGAGAAGAGCAUCUCCUGGAGCCCGGAGUGAAUAGAAAUGGCACAGAGCGGGCCCAGGGCCUGAGGCUCAUUGACUUGCACUGACAAGUUCCUAGCAGGGAGGAGAGAUGGUGGGAACUAACAGGGAGGAAAUGCCAAGCAGCUGGGGAGCUUGUGCCUGGGGGAGCUCAAACGUGCUUGUGAUUGGGGCUGGCCCAUCCUGCUGGCAGAGCAGCCCGCUCCACUGCAGUAGGAAAGGUGGGGCUGCUGCACCGCGCUUGGGCGAACUGCUUUGUGCUGUUCCCUGAUCGCUCCAGAGCACAUGGCUGACAAACAGCAUCUCCCCAAGCAGCUGUGGUGGUGUCAGGAGUGGGGCUGAAGCCCAGUCAGGUGUGCUUGUGGUGGUCAGCCGAUGCUGAUGUCAGGGAAACAGACUGAGGUUGAUACCUGAGUGUUAAGGGAAAGGCUUUGUUUUAGCAGUCUGCUAUGUUCCCAAGGAUAAAACUAUGUUAAAGAAGCUUGAAACAAGUCUCUCCUCUACUGAUUCAUGCUAUCAAAUUGGGGGAUGUUGAAGGCAGAAGGAUAGUGGGCCUGAUACAGAAAGAGCCUCCUGAAAACUAGAAUUUAGUCUGAUGCCAGGAAGUCAAUGUAGAAGUAAUCAAUGCUAAAACCCUCUGAGUGCUGUGGCAUAAGAAUGUAUCUGGCCUUCCCCAUUACUGGAUUUUCUGUAGGAAACUUUGUGAUGUGUGCAUGUAUCCAUUUCCUAAGUAACUAGCAGUGGAAGCUGUGUUUUGUCUCUCUUCAUGCCAGAUGUUGGAGAGUAGAAGCUAGUGGCAGUGACAUUUCUAGACUCCCUACUGAAGGAGACAUGGCUGUAGACUGUUGGCCUGCUGUACACAUACCAUGAUGGGAACAUGUGGCAUUGCUGAGUGGGUGGGGACUGUACAGACAUGUUCUGUCAGCCUCAGAUGUCUUCUAGCAGGACCUGUGGGUUCUCCUUCCCCAAAUGUUACCUGUAAGGCUGUUCAUGCACCUUUUGUUUCUCUCUGUACCACCUUUCCCCUGUAGUGGUUCAAGUAUUUGUAUUCUGCCCUUCUUCCCUGUGGAAGGAGGGUGAUCCAGCCUCCCCACGAUGCAGGUGCAUUAGCUCUUCGUGCACAGUGAUGCUGUGCUGCACGUCCUUGGAAAAUGUGAGGACUCAGUUCAGAGUAAGGACUGUUCCUGUCUUGGGUAAGCUGCAGGCCCAGCAACCACAGCAGCAGCCUCAGCAGCAGCAACAACAAACACCUUCGAAUAAGCGCCCCAGUAACAGUGCUCCCCCACCAACCCAGCUAAAUAAGAUCAAGUACUCAGGGGGACCCCAGAUUGUGAAGAAGGAGCGUCGACACAGCUCUUCUCGCUUCAAUCUGAGCAAAAACCGGGAACUGCAAAAGCUUCCAGCCCUUAAAGAUGCUCCUCCCCAUGAACGAGAAGAGCUUUUCAUCCAGAAGCUGCGGCAGUGCUGUGUGCUUUUUGACUUCAUCUCUGACCCUCUCAGUGACCUGAAAUUCAAGGAGGUGAAGCGAGCAGGUCUCAAUGAAAUGGUGGAAUACAUCACGCACAACCGUGAUGUCGUCACUGAGGCCAUCUAUCCUGAAGCUGUUAUUAUGUUUUCGGUGAACCUCUUCCGGACACUUCCGCCAUCAUCCAAUCCCACGGGAGCGGAGUUUGACCCUGAGGAAGAUGAGCCUACAUUAGAGGCUGCGUGGCCACACCUUCAGCUGGUGUACGAGUUCUUCCUCAGGUUCUUGGAGUCACCUGAUUUUCAACCAAAUAUAGCGAAGAAAUACAUUGACCAGAAGUUUGUACUGUCUCUGCUGGAUCUCUUUGACAGUGAAGACCCCAGAGAACGUGACUUCCUAAAGACUAUUCUGCACAGGAUCUAUGGGAAGUUCCUGGGUCUGCGAGCAUAUGUGAGACGGCAGAUCAACAAUAUAUUUUACAGGUUCAUCUAUGAAACAGAGCAUCACAAUGGGAUUGCAGAGCUGCUGGAGAUCCUAGGAAGCAUAAUCAAUGGGUUUGCUCUGCCUCUGAAGGAAGAGCACAAAAUGUUCCUCAUCAGGGUCUUGUUACCACUGCACAAAGUGAAAUCUCUCAGUGUCUACCACCCACAGUUGGCAUACUGUGUUGUACAGUUCUUGGAGAAAGACAGCAGCUUGACAGAACCGGUGAUUGUGGGCUUGCUGAAGUUCUGGCCGAAAACACACAGUCCCAAGGAGGUGAUGUUUUUAAAUGAGCUGGAAGAGAUCCUGGAUGUGAUUGAGCCAUCUGAAUUUGUGAAAGUUAUGGAGCCCUUGUUCAGGCAGUUGGCCAAGUGUGUCUCCAGCCCACACUUCCAGGUGGCAGAGCGAGCACUGUACUAUUGGAACAACGAAUAUAUCAUGAGCCUGAUCAGCGAUAACGCAGCCAAAAUUCUCCCGAUCAUGUUUCCAGCGCUCUACAAGAACUCCAAGAGUCACUGGAACAAGACAAUCCAUGGACUGAUCUACAAUGCACUAAAGCUAUUCAUGGAGAUGAACCAAAAGCUUUUUGAUGACUGCACACAGCAAUAUAAGGCAGAGAAACAGAAGGGAAGGUUCAGGAUGAAGGAACGAGAAGAAAUGUGGCAGAAAAUAGAGGAGCUGGCCCGGCUGAACCCUCAGUAUCCCAUGUAUUAUGCACCUCCAUCAUUGCCUCUGGUCUGCUGUAUGGAAACGGAGACCCCGACUGCAGAGGAUAUUCAGCUACUGAAGAAAACAGUGGAGACAGAGGCUGUGCAGAUGCUGAAAGACAUUAAGAAGGAGAAGGUUUUGCUGCGCCGGAAAUCUGAGCUUCCUCAGGACGUCUACACUAUAAAAGCCCUGGAGGCCCACAAGAGAGCAGAAGAGUUUCUCACCUCUAACCAGGAGGCUCUCUGACGGGCUCAGAAGCUGGCCCAAGAAGCUCUGUCCCAUCCCUUUCCCCCAGGGGUCACAGAAAUGCACUCGGUUCUCAUGUAUAAUAAGGAAUGAACAUGGUGAGCUGUGCCUGUCCUCCACUCCAUCCACAUCCCUGCAGGAUAGAUCUGUUUUUAUGUUGUACCUUGUAUCUCACCACUGCCAUAUCUUCCUGCUUCUCCUCCUCCUUCCACACACACAGCGUGCGUGUGUGAAGGGAACCUGUCUGCCCUGCAGGUCCAGGCAGGGAUUGCUUCAUUUCCAGCUGCUGCCUGGUUUUCGCUCUUCCUGGGAGCCUUGCAGGGCAGGCAGGUGCUUCCUGUGGCUCUGCUAGAAGGAGGGCUGAAGGGAGCUGCUCUGGGCUCUCUGUAAGCAGUAGAGAGAACCGAGCCCCUCCGCAGCUCACCUCUGAGGGGCAGCUGAGCUGGGCAGCGGCACAGUGCAGUUGGCUUCUCAGGCUUCAGGAUCAGCCUGAGCUGCCCAGUUCAACCCAGCCUGAGCCAGGUGUGUUGGCUGGAGACCGCCACGCGUGGCUCAGCAUGCCGCAGCCAUCCCAGGUGCCCGCCUCCGCUGUGCCUGCCCAGUGCUGCUCGCGGUGACCAGAGGCUGAGCGCGUGGUGGGAACGGCUGGCAGACUGUGUGGGGGCUCUGCCGGCUGCCCGCCCUGCCUCAGGGUGCAGCUCCGCAGUGGGAGGGCUCACGUACAGCAGGAGAUGUUUGCUUCCACCUUUCUUUUGCCUCAAGCCCCCCGUUCUGUUCCCCUGUUGGUGGAGUGGGGGUUCAGUGCUUCGCCACCCCCAGUAUAGCUGGGUGCAAGCACUACAUCCUAUUGCUUCCCUCCUUUUAGAGCAUCCUUAGAAGCUCUCUUGUGGGAAAGUAAAUUCCUUCGGCUCUUUGUGUUGGUCCUCACUAAGUCGUCUCCAUUCCAAUGUCUUGGGUAGUUGUGGGCCCAGAGUUAACUUCUGCUUUGUAGCAGGUGUCAGCCACUGACUUCUGCUUUCUUCCUCCUCCUCCUCCUCCUGCUCAAUUAAAAUACUCCCGCAGCUUUCCCUCUGUUGUUCCCAUCCUUAGCUCUGCAGUGGCUGGGGUUUCUAGGAAGCUUGUGCUGCUAAAGUCAUUUCUGCAAAUUAGUGGAAGCAAUGGAUACACGUUUACGGGGCCAGGCCGAGUUUGUGCGUGUUCAGUCGUCUCCUCUUUAUGACCAGUGGCGAGAUGCCACCAUCGAAUUGCUUCUGUAGGUGCUCUGAGCAGUUUGCCUCGCCUCUUCCUUCAGCACCUGCUGUGGCCUGAGGCCCUUGUUAGCUGCGUGGUGCAGCAGGGAAGUGCUGUGCUGUGCUGUGCUCAUUUAGCGUUUAGAGCGCACUCGAUAGCCCAGGGGCUUGUGCAGCACUCGGCUGCUACUGUGAUCCAGCUCUCGGAGCGCUGUCUCCUACCUUCUUGUGGUGCAGAUUCAGUCCCAGGCCAAGGUGAUAAGUAAGGGAGUGGUCUUUGCUUCUUACUGCUGCGCUUGCUUGCUUGACACAUAAGCUUGAGUGGGAUGGCAGUAGUGCAGGGAGCGUACGGAGUCGGUGCUGGUCGGACACUGCUUUGCAGCAUCCAUAGGUCAUUGCAGAAGGUCCUGGUGUAUCUGCUUUGUCCCCACCAGCGGACCCCUUCCUUCCUCCCACCCAAACCAAGCUGUUCUCUCCCUGUGUAUCCAGUGCCCCCUGCUCUCUUCAGCUCCCUUUAGGCAUGCCACCAUCUCUUGGGAGCAGCUGCCAAGCGUGAGUACAGGAGGGAUCACCCACACCACGCAGGCCCCCGCCUCCCCUGGCCCCGCGCACCAGGCCAGUUCAUCAGGAGACUUACCACACCUCAGGGAGGUUAUUGCUUAUUUUGAGCAUGACUCUGAGCUCACGGUCAGCUGCCAGUCGAUUACCUCACGUGAGCCUGGCACAGCACGUAGGCACGCGCCGGGCUGGAGGCGGGCGGGAGCAGCAGGUGCCGGGGUUGCAGCGUAGCUGAGGGUUGCUGCGUGCAGCGGGGCUGGCGAUGCUCCUUCCUCCUACCUGGGCCGGGGGAGCGCUGCCGAGAGCGGGCCGUGCGCGGGGCAGGGCGGUGACGCGCGGCGCCUGCGUGCUGUGCGGCUUCCACGUUCUCAUAGCUUUGUGUGUCUCGUUCCGGGCCAGGGACCUCACGCUCGGUACCUUCACGUUGCCAUUACCUUACUGCCUCCUCAUUCCAGUCCUGGACUUUGAAGAAGGGGACCACGCGAGGUGGGGGGAGCGCGUCAGUGCUCUCUGCCACGUGCGGUGCUCUCUGCCACACUACAGCUGCCCCUCGCUCCACACCCGGUCGGUAGCGUUAGCGCCCAUCUCUGCCUUUGCCUUUCCCCACAUCAGCCAAAUGGACAGAACUGGAGCUGCCUCUUCCACGUCACGUGGUCCCUCCUCGGAGGGAACGAGCAAAACUAACUACUGCGUUCACCCCCUGGACACAAGUAUUAAGCUGCUUACAGUUCAUAUGUACAUAUGGUGUACUUUAUUUUCAGUAGAGCAUUACAUAGUAUGAAAGUGUUGGAUUUUGUACAGAUGUCCCUGUAUGUACAGUACUAAAUAAAACCGAUCUCUUGGAAAGACA